AUGAGACGAACGAGGAGACUAAAAAAGACGAAGGAGGAGAGGAAGGAGGAGACGAAGAGGAAGACGAAGGAGACGAAUGAGACGAAGGAGAAGACUAAGAAAGACAAGAAGGAGGAGAGGGAGAGAAAGAAGGGGACGAAGAAGGAGACAAAGAAGGAGACGAAUGAGACGAAGGAGGAGAGGAAGGGGGAGACGAAGAAGGAGACGAAAAAGGAGACAAAGGAGACGAAGGAGGAGACUAAGAAAGACAAAAGGAAGGAGAGGAAGGGGGAGACGAAUAAGGAGACAAAGAAGGGGACGAAGAAGGAGACGAAUGAGACGAAGGAGGAGCGGAAGGGUGAGACAAAGAAGGGGACGACGAAGGAGAUGAAGAAGGAGACGAAGAGGACGAAGAAGGAGACGAAGGAGGAGACUAAGAAAGACAAGAAGGAGGAGAGGAAGGGGGAGACGAAGAAGGAGACGAAGAAGGAGAUGAAGGAGGAGACUAAGAAAGACAAGAAGGAGGAGAGUAAGGGGGAGACGAAGAAGGGGGCGAACGAGGAGACUAAGAAAGACAAGAAGGAGGAGAGGAAGGGGGAGAUUAAGAAGGGGACGAAGAAGGAGACGAAGAAGGAGGCGAAUGAGACGAAGGAGGAGACUAAGAAAGAUGAAGGAGGAGAGGAAGGAGGAGACGAAGAAGAAGACGAAGAAGACGAAGAAGGAGACGAGGAGGAGACUAAGAAAGACAAGAAGGAGGAGAGGAAGGGGGAGACGAAGAAGGAGACGAAGGAGACGAAUGAGACGAAGGAGGAGAGGAAGGGGGAGACGAAGAAGGGGACGAAGAAGGAGAUGAAGAAGAAGACAAAGAAGACGAAGAAAGAGACGAAGGAGGAGACUAAGAAAGACAAGAAGGAAGAGAGGAAGGGGGAGACGAAGAAGGGGACGAAGAAGGAGACUAAGAAAGACAAGAAGGAGGAGAGGAAGAAGGGGACGAAGAAGGAGACGAAUGAGACGAAGGAGGAGAGGAAGGGGGAGACGAAGAAGGGGAUGAAGAAGGAGACGCAGAAGAAGACGAAGGAGGAGACGAAGAAGAAGACGAAGAAGGAGACGAAGGAGGAGACUAAGAAAGACAAGAAGGAGGAGAGAAAGGGGGAGACGAAGAAGGGGACGAAGAAGGAGACGAAGAAGGAGACGAAUGAGACGAGGGAGGAGACUAAGAAAGACAAGAAGGAGGAGAGGAAGCUGGAAAGAUGAUUGACUCACCUGGAAGAUUGAAGUAUGAAGAGACUAAACAAUAAGAAACAUCAUCACUCAAGGGUUUUAUUGUUGUUAAAGAAUGUUAUCAAUACCUUUUCAGGUGUAUAUGAAAAUUUAUUACACGACUC